GGAGAUCAUCAAGCAACCAGAAUCGUCAUGUGUGCCAUGCUUGCUCGCGCGCCCUUGCGCCGAUGGCCGGCGCUUGGGACGGUCAGCAACCUUCAACGUCAAGCAGCCUCGACCAAGGUGUUCGCUGAACCGGAAGCGCAUCGCAAGGUGGAGAACCAGGUCAACAGCCUGGGGGAUUUCAAUGCCUUCAAAGCCGACCCAUGCCUCCAGGAUGCUGUCCUCCGCGCUGGUGCUUCGUGGGCAACCGAACAUCUUGAGAACGUUGGAGCCGUAGCUGGCAGUACUUGGAUGCAAUCCUUGGCUGUGCAGGCUAACACGCAUCGCCCCAUCAUUCACACCCACGAUGAUCGCGGCCGUCGCGUGGACAUGGUUCAGUAUGAUGACAGUUACCACACCAUCAUGGAUAUCUGCUUUUCUCAGGGCGUACCCAACUAUGGCUGGACCCAUGAAGCUGAAAAGGGUGCUCAGUCGGCGCGCUCUGCUCUCUCGUAUAUGAUGUAUCAAGCGGAGAGUGGUACUCAGUGCCCCCAGACCAUGACCUUUGCCUGCGUUCCAGUUCUGCGCAAGGGGCUGAACGAAGAGCAAGCUCGAUAUGGUUGGGCUGAAAAGGCUGCUUGCCCUGACUACGACCCCCGAAACGUACCCGUCUAUGAGAAGGAGGCCGUGACCAUCGGCAUGUCCAUGACAGAGGUCCAAGGUGGUUCGGACGUGCGAGCCAACUCGACCUUCGCCGAGCCCUUAAAGGGCUUUGAGCACGUGCGAGGUCACCUCCUACAUGGACACAAAUGGUUCACAUCUGCACCCAUGUCCGAUGGUUUCCUCACCCUGGCCCAAACUUCCGAGGGUUUGUCUUGCUUUCUGGUGCCUCGUUGGGUCCCGUCUACGGGCGAGCGCAACCAGGGCCUGCAAUUUCGCCGACUCAAGAAUAAGCUUGGGGACCAUUCCAACGCAUCCAGUGAAGUCGAAUAUCACGGUGCCUAUGCUGAGCUGGUGGGCGAACCUGGCCGGGGCGUGCCGACGAUCAUUGACAUGGUGCAACACACUCGCCUGGACUGCUUGGUUGGCAGCGCUGGCCUUAUUCGCCGCUGCUUGAGCGAGGCGCUUCAUCACACCUCUCAGCGCGCUGCCUUUGGAGCGAAGCUGGCCGAUCAACCUCUCAUGAAGGCCGUCCUCACCGAUCUGAUUGUUGAUUCUGAAGCCGCUACGGCUUUGGCCUUCCUCGUUGCCUCGACCUUUGACAAUGACGGCGACAAGAAAUUUGGACGCAUUGCGACUCCCAUUGGCAAGUACUACGUUUGCAAACGGGCCCCACACUUUGCUUAUGAGUGUCUGGAAGCUCUUGGCGGCAACGGUUAUGUGGAGGACAGCAUCAUGCCGCGCCUUUACCGCCAGGCUCCGCUGAAUGCCAUUUGGGAGGGUUCUGGCAACGUGAUUGCUCUGGACGUUUUGCGCUCUGCUGCCCGUGAACCAGAAACGGUCGAGGUCUUGUUGCAGCGCCUGGGUUCCGUCCAGGGUGUACCAGCCUACGACGCUGCACUGAAGCGGCUUCAUGGACUCUUGCACUCCGUGCAAAAGGACAUGAGUCAGGCACGCGCACUUGUUGGACAGGCCGCCAUGCUUCUUCAGGCAUAUGCCCUGUCCCUGCAGACAAACACAGAGACCUUUGAGCUCUUCUGCCAGCGUCUUGAUGGUGGCCAGUUGGCCUAUGCUCGUGAUUACGGCACUGUGUCCUACCCCGACACAGUGUUGCGCAGCCGGCUUGAUGCACUGCAUGCCGCCUGUGUGCACGAUGACCUCGAUUCUCCGUUCAGCAGACACCAAAUCCCAUCCACCCUGAAGGAGAGCCGAACCAACAUUAUGGACGUCCAGUGCGACAAUGUUGGGUUGCGCGAGCUUCGCCGGCGGCUGGACGAGUUGAUGAACAAACUUCUUCACCAACUGGUCGCUGGAGACAGUCCCCACUUCCGUCUGCCCAGCCAUGUCAGAUUCGACGCUGACAAGGGCUACUAUCGCCUCACAACCGCAAGCCAUCUGAUGGUGCGCAGCCAAUCACCACGAUUCGAGUACAUACUGCGCCUUUGUCAAGAAAUGUAUGCGCUCAUCGGCACACACAGCUCGCGCACCGUGCGGGAUAUUUUCUACAACGGCCGGUCGAGCUUUCGCACCCAACACGACGCCCAACAAGCAUUGCUCGACAUAUCAACACUGCUGUGCGUGCGUCAGGAAGCACUGCCCGUUUUUGCCAGCAACAAGGGGCUUGUGUGCGGGGACAUCACUCUUCUCGACAGCAUGGGACGGACGCUCAUUAGCCGCGAACAAGCAAUAUCGCGCUCCGACAACCUCAUUCCCUCGUUAAGGGCAAAGGAUACCCGACGUAUUCCACUCGCUUCUUUGUUCGAGAACUAUGCGCACAGCUGCAGCUCCCACUGCUCAUACUCUGCGAUGCCGAUCCACACGGCGCAGCGGUUCAAGCCGGCUGCAACCAGGUCCUGGCGUGCCCGCAUGCCCGUUGGCUCGGCCUUUGGCCUGCUGACAUUGCCCGCGGUCGCAACAAUUGGACGACAGGUGUCCAUUCUCACGGGUUUCAACACUCUUAGGUUUGAUCUGAAGGCUGCCUGUCUACCACAAGAGGGAAAUGAUUUCAAUCUGCUGGAGCGCCUGCUGGCACAUCCUGCUCUUCACCCCAAGGAGCGAGCAGGACUGCAAGAGAUGGCUACGGCGCGAACAAAGGCAGAGCUGGAAGCCAUCAACGUACACCACCCUCGCUUUCUCUCGGAUCGCUACUUGCCGAUCAAGGUGCGAGAGGCACUUCAAGGAUAA